AUAAACAGCACUUGCAUAAAAGUACAAUGGAGAACAUUCAGUCGCAGCCAGAACAAGAAGAAGAAACUCCAGUGGAACAAAAGAUUGUCAAAGAUUUCAACAGAAAUCGGCGUUCACAUGCUCAGACAUUUCAACAAGUGGGAGCUGCAUGUGGGAUUCCACGCCACCGCUUAACUGUCCUGCUUCUGGGCAUGCUCACUGCUAUUCUGCUAAUAGCGGCUGUUGUCAUCGCCAUUUACUGUGCUAAUGCCAACGACGACCACCUUCAGACUCCUCAUUCAGCUGUCUCUGCCCUUAUCAUCGAACGUAAUUAUCUCCGCAACCAUACGGACAUCCUGAAAGCAGAGCGGGAGGCUGAGUUGGCAAUAGUAAGACAGCAGACAAGCCUCAUUCAAAUGAAGCUCCAACUGAAGCAGCAGAGGAGACUUAGUGACGUCCUUCAGAACAAGAUUGAAGUGCUUCAAAGUGAAAAAGCAAAUCUGCAGUCCAAAAAAAAUGCUCUUGAACAAAGCUGUGGCAGAUGCCCUGCAGGAUGGACCCUCCUUAAAUCUACCUGCUAUUAUUUCUCUCUCCCUGACCACGACUCCAAGAAGAACUGGCCAGACAGCAGAGCAGACUGUCUUGGUCGAGGUGGAGACCUACUGGUGAUCGAUAACUUGCAGGAACAGGUACUUGUUAGCGAAAAUGCUCCGAAAACAAGCUCCAGUUCAGUUUUAUGGUGGCAGAACGGAUAUUGGAUGGGCCUGCGAGUGAUGGGGUCCCAGAGAACAUGGAUGUGGAUUAACAAUACGACUGAGAUUGAAACAGGGUACUGGAGAAAUGAUCAGCCAAGCAGCAGUGGACCUCAGACUGGGAACUGUGCAGCUUUUCUUUAUUAUACUGACACCAGCAAAGUAUGGUACAAUGGAAAGUGCCAGGAGCACCUGUUCAACUGGAUAUGCGAGAUGCUGGCAAAGCCUUUUAAGUAGUCGAAACUCAACUUGAAUACAUUGCGCCCAGGAAAAAUGUUCAAAUAAACAUAUCUGCAUUAUUAAUGUCA